AUGCACCAUCCUGAUUCCCUGUUCCAUUUUCAAGCUGGUGCUGAAAGUGAAGGACGCAUAAUCCACCGGUUCCCUACAAAGUCCUGGUCAGACUACCCUUUCGAUUUCCGUUUGGAAUCGUUUUGUCAACCAUGGGGUUGGCAUCUCGAAACCAGUCGGCCCCCACCGAUGUUUUUUGUCGCCUAUCUGACGGACAUGGAAGGCGACUCCUACUUUGCUGCUUGUCUCACAUUCCACGAAGCGGUCACCACACAACAACUAAGUCAGUGCGACCGGAAUGUUCUGACAACCGGGAUUCAGUCAGGGGCACGGGUUGCCGGUGGCCUCAUGAAUGGUGGCACCCACUUUCUACAUCCCUACCACUGGCGCCCCAGUCCUACUGCAAGCAGUGUACACAGUUCCGAAAGCCUGGCUAGUUCGGACAUGGGUUUGUUCAUCCCUACAAACCAUGCCAACUCUCAUCUCCUUCAACCAACCGGAUUCUCAGAUCAUGGUGAUCCGAACCUUGUCCGCCCAGCUGAAUGGUUUGCUCCCAAAUGUCUCGUACUCCUGGCUCGACAUCAGCAUUUCGAUAAUAGUCUCAGUCUCCUGUACACCGUGUUUGCCGACUCCCUACAUCAGUAUUCACUGGAACAGAUGAUUGCUUCUCUUUUGGGAUCUGUGGAUGUGCCACCCACAGGCGGCCCUCGUAUAACGUUCAGUUUGGGCGCCGGCGAUCGACAAGUGAUCCAACCACCGCGCUGUGAUACUAUUCCUGUGACACGCAAUUGUGUGGCCCUACUCUUCAAGAAUUUGGGAAUUCACAAUGUUAUUCUCCUAUUCUCAGCCAUCCUCAGUGAUCAGAAGGUACUACUUUGCUCUCGAAGUCUAAAUCGACUAACCGAAUCCUGUCAGGCACUGACAGCCAUCUUAUAUCCGUUGAAAUAUGGGCAUACUUUUGUCCCGAUUCUUCCGAAAUGUUUGAUUGAAUAUUUGAAUGCCCCUACGCCCUUUCUCUACGGUAUCCACACCUCCUAUCGAAGUAUGCUGCCGGAGUUGGUUGACGUAUUCAUCGCUGACCUGGACGGUGGCAGUGUCACUUGCCCGGAGAACAUUCCUGUACCACAACUUCCCGAACCCUACUUUGAGCAGGUCGUAGAAAGUCUGUUUCAGAUUCUCAGCCCGGAGUUACUUACCGCCGAUCACGUGUACCCACCCAAACCAAAUGCGCCUUCAGCUGACCUUAUCCACCAAGAUAAACAACUACGUGCCGUUUUCCUCCGUCUUUUCGCCUCUCUGUUCUCUGGCUAUCGGUCGUGUCUGAACAUCACGCGCAUCCAUCCACAACCAGUCAUUCAUUUCAAUCAGUCGUUAUUUGUAAUGCUCCGGAAAAUAUCGUCACAAAAUGAGUUUUUCGAACGCCUACUCUCGAGCAUGCGAUUCCACCAGUUCGUUUUGGAACGCGGGCCGCCAUUCCGUGUCUGCGAUGUAUUCGAUGAAGUUUACGAUACGGCUCUGCCGCCGCACAGACGGUCGAUAGUCGAGCUAUCUCCUGCGGAUGACCUGCAUAGCAGUCCCUUAUCAACUCAGAGCUUGUCACAGAAUGACCGUCUGAGCCAAAAACUGUUGGAAAAUGAAUGUGGUGACAAACCAGUGGAGCAUAUCCUCCCCAACGAAGCUGUGGAGGCACAUAAACGCCUUCACCAGACACCCUUUCCCAAGCUUGACAGUCGCCUAAUUGAUCAGCUGACUUUUGAAGCAUGCCAGAAGAAGAGCGUGAAGAAAGUGCAAAAUCACAAACCGGAGCCACGUUUUGUUCCUCAGGGUCUGCUUCUUGAUCGCCAGCUUUUCAAGGCCAAUAUGUAUCCGGAUAAGAACCGUGUUAUUCGCGAGUUUAUUGCAGAUAUCUUUGAUCAGCAUAUUACGGAAGCUCUCAAGCGGCGCAAUACCAUUCGACAGGAUCUUAGAUCACGUCCAAUACGUCGACUUUUUGUGGACGAACUGCAACGCUACGUUGUACCCUCAACUUCCGUUUCAAUGAACGAUGCUAUCAAUGACCUCUCGAACAGCGCCAGCUUAAAUUGCAGCAGUAGUCGAAAUGAGCAUGAUCAACGUGCUGUGCUAACUUGGGAACAGUUUCAGUUGAUUGUUGAUUUGCUGGACGAGGCCCUGUGUCAGGAGAGUCAAUCGGAAGAUUGUGGAAUUGCAGCAAUUGUAAUGGAUCUCAGCACUCGGUUCACGACACAAAUUAACCAUGUUCGGUACUACGCAAACAUGACUCAACAGAUUCAGCGUCAUGCGAUUUGGGAACAAAUGUCUUUCUGGGAGAACGUAUUUAACGAGCACGUAAACAAUCAGAUACGACAGUUGUAUCUACACUUUGCUGAGCAAGAACAUCACGCUCAAAAGUCGAUUAGUGAACAACCAGCCAUGGCACCCCUUCCUCCCAGGACGGAUUUUCGUCAAGUGUCACCUCACGCCGUUGAUCGAAGACCCCGUCAGGGCAGUGGCUCACCUUACCCGGGCAUGAGCAACGGCGAACGUGUAUUGACCAUUGGCCUGAGAAGAAAUUCCUUGUCCGGUCUCCAACGUCCAGCUUACACCACUGCAAUGUCGGCUUUGGAAAUCGCGGCAGAGGAGAUCCGCCUGGGUGGCUCACGUGCUAAAGAAAUCCAGACUACAUUGGAGCUUCAGGAAGAGAGUACAGUUUAUGCGCAGAUCAUACACUUUAUUAAUCUGAUUGUUAACUUUCGAGUCCCACUCGAUGUUGCAGCAUCAGCAGCUGCUGUGUACGGUGAAUUUGGGGACGGACCGAAUGAAUAUCAUGCUGAUACACCAGUCAAUUUAAGUGAAACUCCCUUUAACGGCCCAAGUCGUACUCACGCACGAGAGAAUGGAUUAGGACAGACUGAUCGUUACGAUUCGCUGAAUCCGGAGAAGCUCGGAUCACCUAGUGAACACCGACAAACUCCAAGUCGAGCGCAAGGAUCCAGUUUGAACGCUGCUCUCGAGCAUAUCUCACGGCUUGAAGCGUGGCUUCGUCGAUUUGUGGAGAAGGUCACAGAUGAAAACAAUCUGACGUCGGACCGAAUUUCAAAAAUCAACGAGAAGAUUGAAGGAAUAAUUGAAGGCCACCUGUUGAACUUGGAGACAAUCUAUCCUGAGGUGAAGAGCAUACCAAAAGCCAAAAAGCCGGAAAUCGUCAGUCCCACUCUACUAGACAGCGAAGUCCCAAUCGCGAUCGUGGGCAACGAAUGUGUACGAUGUCAGCUUUUGGUUGACGGUCGACUAGAACGUACGGAUUGGCAGUGGUUGGACACAGACGGGGAUUUACACAACUCGGGACAAUCAAGUAGUCUUUCCGAUCGCCCGGGUGUCGGGUCUUCUGCGGAUACAGAGGUUGAGUUAGAUGCGAUGCUUCGGCCUCUUUUGCCAGCACAAGGAGCAUUGUUCGUGACCAACUAUCGGGUUAUUUUCACGGGCGUGCCAAAAGAUCCUUAUCAAUCCAACAAAGUAAUCACCCGAAGCUUCCCUGUUGCCUCUCUGUAUUCAAUAAAGAAAAUGGGAUUAAUGAGAAUUACCACCAUUUUCCCUGCGACCUCUGCUCAGCAGAAUCCAUGCGUACCGCCCCACAAGUCCGGGAAGCGCGCGCGAGCGCCCAAUUCUCAUAGUCAUAGUGCUGGAACCAAGCGAAGGCUAGGUCGCGGAAGCCAUUAUGGCUCCGGACUGGAGGGUGUGGGUGGUCGGGGAGGUCUAGUCCGAAUCGAUGAGAACCUUGAAGUUCUUCAUAUCCGGGCAGUAACUAUGCAGCUACUCAAACUUGGGUUCGAUCCCGAUGAAGUGUCACAAGACAUGCGAGACGAACUGCGAAAUCUGUUAACGGAACUCCGCUAUCCCACAUCGCUUCAAAUGGGAUUUAAUUCACCCCCACCCGGAGUUACGGUUUGGAAGGUCCAAGGGGUUGACUCGGACCUAUCCACUUCAGGUUCGGCAUCUCUCAGAAAUCGACGUGUCAUAAGCGGCCCACGACUCAAACCUCCCCCAUCUUCGUUGAAUCGACCAAGAGACAGCAGUCUCAGUGCUGACGAACCUGGUCACACAAUUGCGCCGUUGGCGUCCCUUACCAGUGAAUUUCUUAAUUCGGAUGAAUCUGUUGCCGUUAUCUCCCCAACCGUUCUGGACCGGGUUGACUGGCGACUCCGUUCGAUCAUCAUACAUUCACCUGGCUAUUUGGACAUGGCCAGGUUUGCUUUGAAUCAGCAGGAUACAACAUUCCACAGUCGGUCUGGCACUAGUGUUCGGAGUAGUGCACACGCGGAUAUGUUACCCUUGGGAGUGCAGCUCACAUCAGGGAAUGCACGAUACGAAUUAACAGGUUCCUAUCCGGCGCUAAUACUGAUACCACAGUCAAUCACCCAGGUGUGUCUGACCAAAGUCGCUCGAGCUUAUCAUCAUGGCCGAUUUCCAAUAGUCACCUGGCAGCAUCCGGUAACUGGAGCCUACCUACUUCGUGGUGGUGGGUUCAAUUCAAAGUCUAUCAUUGGCGCACUCAAACACGUUGGAUCAAGUGGUCCAGCGGCCAAUCUAACCACAGACAAAGAUGGCAGUGAAGAAUCUUCAGAACAGACUGGUAGUUCCACCUCAACCGGCUGGGAACAUGCUCGUUAUCUUCUGGCCUUGAUUGACAUGUCAUUCAGCGCGAUGACUGCCAAUGGCCUGUAUUUGUCCCAGUCUGCGAAAUCAGUCGUCCGGACUGAUGGGCCGCCCCCUGCGAUGCACACAUCUACCAUCUCACCCACCGCGCAAACUCCGGUGACACAUGACCGCCGUCUCCUGGGUGGUUUACGCACUAAUGGAGGAAAGACACGAUCUCUGGGUAGACUCGCCGGUCUCACGCUUCGACAUGGUCGUCGUGGCCCUACCCCAAUGGGCAGUGUAGCUUCUGGACUGGAGGAUGACCUGAUCAGCACCAUCAGUGACUCGAAUACGAAUUUACGUGGGUUGAGCCCACUUAUUUCCGGUCGGUUUGGUGGUUAUCCUGGUAAUGCGGCGGCUACUAUGUGUCAUCGGUCCGUCACCCUUUGCGUGCUAGGGGAAAAGUCUCUGAUGAAGACCCUUUCAAAGCAGUCUCAUGUUCGUUCUGUCGAGUUUAUUGGUGUAGAAUUCUUUACACAUUCGAACAUUGCCGAGAGCUUUAAAAGUGUAAUCAAAGCCUGCAUGCCCAAAGACGGGGGCAAAUCUUCUUCGCAGAGCAAUGUGCUUGCCGCGGCGGUGAAUGCCGCAGGAUUGUCUCCGGUGGCGUCCAGCACCCAAAACACAAUUCCGGAUGGAGAAGCAAAUGCUUGGGGAUCUGGUGGCUUUGCAGCAGCUCCACAGCCCACGAGCUCGUCAACAACCGUACACACCGCGAUACAUGACAGUGGGUGGCUCGCUCAACUACAAUCGUUACUUCAGUUGGCCGGCGCUGUUGUUGACUUGCUAGAUUUGCACGCAACCUCAGUUGCCGUUUGUCUGGAGGACGGGAUGGAUGCCACUGUUUGUUUGGCCCAGGUCAUGCUGGAUCCACACUAUCGAACCUUAUCUGGUUUCUGGUCCUUGGUGGAAAAAGAAUGGAUCUUGUUUGGACAUCGCUUCAAUCAACGACUCCAUCAAACUGCCCCUACCAAGUCCGAUCAUAUUUCUCCCGUAUUCCUCCAGUUCCUCGAUGCUGUGCAUCAACUGGCCCGUCAGUUUCCAGUUUCGUUCGAAUUCAACGAUUUUUUCCUUCAGUUUCUCGCCUAUCACCACUUCUCGAACCGAUUCCGUGACUUCAAGUAUGACUGCGAGAAAGAUCGGUUUUCUGCGUGGUUCGGUGUCUCUGAUGGGCUGCGGUUGGCAUCAACGAUCGGAAUGCGUAAAGAUGGUCGAGUAUUGGAAUCUUAUGACAGCCAUUCGAUCUGGUCUUAUAUCCAAAAACAGCACGAAGAGUGGCCUGUGUUCUUCAACUUUCGUUAUUCUCGUGAAAUGGGUCAAAAGGUUCUUCGUCCGGCCACCAAUAUGGCUUCUUUGGAUGUCUGGAAGUUCUUUCUGACUGAAGAUUUAGCGACCGGCCCGGUGUAUGACUUGGAUCACUUUUCGCCCAGUUAUCGAAAGCAAAACAACCGACCCUACGAUCCAGUGCUUCGUCAAGGGCUGAAUAAUACUCAUGUGGAACAAGUUUACGCCUUACUGGGUCUCCGAGAAGGGGAGGAAGCUACUGGUUGGAAAGCUGCAUGGGAUCAGGCUCAGUCUGAAUUUAUCGGACGUCCACAUAAAACUGUUGCACGAACACGCCCUUUUCGACGGUCUCAGCCAAUUCGAGUGGACAGACGCGCCCGAGUGGCCGAUGCCGUAAAGUUGCGUGAGUGUCCUGAGCACCUGACUAUCACGGCGGAUUAUCGGGAAGCCAGCGAGCCCUUGCAUUCAUCCGCCAGUUCUGAAACUAGUCGGAUGCCAUUACCACCCAGACGAGCUGUGUCGGAGAGCUUUACCGAGCUAAACCAACGAGCAAAACCUACUUCUGGGAGUUUUUCGAACCACACAACAGUAACGCCGCAGGAUAAUGUUCUCACCCAAAUGGAUGAAAACGAAGAUAUGGUUUCAGCAAGUUCCAAUGUCACUGACACCUUGCACUCGACAGAACUUUAUACCGAGAAGUCAUUAGAAAGGACUGAACUGAACGGAGACAGUCAGCGUAACACACACAGGCCUUCAAGUGAUUUAAGUGAUAUCUCAGCCGGACGGCAUAAGGUCGCUAUCAAUGCUUUAUUGAUUGAACCAUAUUCGGAGGACGAAGCUUUCCACGAAGGUACAGGGGCUUCGAUCGGGGACGAUGAUGAUGAUCGAUCACUAAACGAGGGUGAUUCUUCUGAUGAGUGCCUGGCCGCCCGUUCUGCCGCGUUUGACUAUCAUCGGGCUGCCACGUUACAGCGCCUGACUCGCCGGACCACUCGUAACGUGUUUGCAGACGGGGGACUAUCACAUCCCAGUGUGGAGACUGGGCUCGGAUACGAAUCAGACAGUUUACACAGCGGAUCUGCGGUCAGCAAUCCAGUAGGAAACUCGAUGGCCAGCGCGGAUGAAGCUCACCUUUCGAGCGUCAUGUUUGCCACGCCUCAUCACUUCAAUUCAACAAGUGUGAGCAUGUCAAACGCCCGUUGUCAUUAUUGUCAGACGUUUCUUUUGUCUCUGAGCACUGGCCGACAAGCCGCUUGCUGUGCGAAUUGCGGGAUCCUUUGUCACGAAAAGUGUGCCCCUUUUGUGCCAAAAACCUGUCGAUCGUUGCCUCACACUCCCGGAAUGGCUGACGGGACAAUGCGCCCCUCUGUCAAACUGGAUACUGAUGAACAUCCAGCACACAAGUUGGGUACGAUACUAAGUCCGAACCUACCAUGGCGUAAUGACCGAACUGCUCUUCGUACAUCGUCAGAUUUGUCAGCUACAAAACGCUCUAACUUGUACCCGCAAGAAAUGCGCGUCCAACCGGGUAACCUCUCACCAACACGACGCCUGGAGGCACUACAUGCAAUGACUGGUACACGAGUGUUCCAAGAGAAACUGCAAAACAUGAAGAGUCGUCUACCGAUUCACCUGUCAGAUGCAUCAUUCUAUGGUUGGCUUUACAAAAUGGGCCACAGAAGAGUAUUACAACAAUGGAAGAAGCGAUUUUUUGUGCUCAACACGGAUAGACACCAGCUUGUGUAUUACGACACAAGUGCGGACGAGGUUGUUCGCGGAUGUGUCGAUCUGCAAGAAGUUCGAGCUGUGCGGAUUAUCAAGAAUUUUGUGCCUCAUCAGCUUCGUGGUGUGGACUGCGCAGUAUUUGAGCUUGAAACCAACGGUCGAACCUACCGCUUCGCCGCAGAGUCGGCUGCUCAGGCGAACGAAUGGAUCGAACGUAUCCAGAAUACCAUUCAAUGACCGAACGUCUUCUGUCUUUCACUGCUGAACCAACUUGUUCACCUCCAUAAGCUGCGCAACAUCUUCAGAUACCUGUUGUAUAGCUGAAUACCUCACGAUUUUCACCUGCGAGUCCCCUACCGUUUGCUUGCUUGGCAUUCUGCUGGCAUAUAUUGUCAGCUAUGUAGGGAAAACAAUCAAAUCGUGUACAAACCUCUUUUUCUUGUAAUACCGACUCAGAUUCUUCUGCUGCAUGGUCCUUUCGUAACAACUCGUAAAAGAUGUCCAAUCCGUGGUGUGCUGUCGCCCGCCAUCUCGCUCCUUUCACACAGAUUAUCGAAGGUCGAGCACUUAAAGUCUAUGAGACCAAUAAGGCGAGCAAACAGUGGGGCGUUUUCAGUUCGAUCAUGGAUAUUUAUCAAUGUAAACAGCCUGCUCUCGCUUCGCAUUUCAAUCUCCUUCAGUCUUUUCGAACUUCAUUAACCAUGACUCAUGAUUCGUUCAAUUUUCGCUUUAUCUUGUGUAUAUUAUUCGAUCUGCAGAAAUGAUGUGAAAUAACUU